GCGGCGCCCCGAGUCGGUCGCCCUCGGGUCCGCCUCGAGGGCCGGCCCAGCCCCUGUCCCUGGAGCCCCGCCCGAGUCGCGGCGCGCAGGACGCGGGGCCCAGGCGCGCGGGUGCUGUCAGCCCGGCCCCGGCUUCCUCGGCCGCCAGCCCGGCGCCCGCCGUCCCCGCAACGCCGCGAGUUCGCCCCACGCCCGCCGACGUGCGCGUGAGGAGCUUCCCCCGCUCCGCGGUCAGGCCGGGCCGGGCAUGGCCGCGCCGGGGGCCUCGGCCCGCGUCUGGGGGUGGCUGCUGCUCGGCGGCUGCGUCCUCGCCGGAGCCCAGCUGGAUUCUGAUGGUACCAUUACUGUAGAGGAGCAGAUUGUCCUUGUGCUGGAAGCUAAAGUACAGUGUGAACUCAACAUCACAGCUCAGCUCCAGGAAGGAGAAGGAAAUUGUUUGCCAGAAUGGGAUGGGCUCAUCUGUUGGCCCAGAGGAAGAGCAGGGAAAACAUUAGCUGUCCCAUGCCCUCCUUAUAUUUAUGAUUUUAAUCAUAAAGGAGUUGCUUUCCGACAUUGUAACCACAAUGGAACAUGGGAUUUUAUGUACAGUUCAAAUAAAACAUGGGUUAAUUAUUCAGAUUGCCUUCGCUUUCUGCAGCCAGAUCUCAGCACAGGAAAGCAAGAGUUCUUUGAGCGCCUCUAUGUCAUGUACACUAUUGGGUAUUCCAUCUCCUUCUGUUCCCUAGCCGUGGCUGUUCUCAUCAUUGGCUAUUUCAGACGAUUGCACUGCACUAGGAACUAUAUCCACAUACACUUAUUUGUAUCUUUCAUGCUGAGAGCUGCAAGCAUCUUCGUCAAGGACAGAGUGGUGCAUGCUCACACAGGAGUAAAGGAGCAACAGUCCCUGAUAAUGCAGGACGACCUACGAAAUUCCAUAGGUGUGCCUUCUGUGGACAAAUCACAAUACAUUGGGUGCAAGAUUGCUGUUGUAAUGUUUAUUUACUUCUUGGCUACAAACUACUAUUGGAUCUUGGUGGAAGGUCUCUACCUGCAUAGUCUAGUCUUCGUGGCAUUCUUUCCUGACACCAAAUACCUGUGGAGCUUCACCUUGAUAGGCUGGGGGUUUCCAGCAGCAUUCGUUGCAGCCUGGGCUGUGACACGAGCCACUCUGGCUGAUGCAAGAUGCUGGGAGCUUGGUGCUGGCAACAUCAGAUGGAUUUAUCAAGCCCCAAUUUUAGCAGCUAUUGGGCUGAAUUUCAUUCUGUUUCUGAAUACAGUUAGAGUUCUGGCUACCAAAAUUUGGGAGACCAAUGCAGUUGGACAUGACACGAGAAAGCAAUACAGGAAACUGGCCAAAUCAACCCUGGUCCUGGUGCUGGUCUUUGGAGUGCAUUACAUCGUGUUCGUGUGCCUGCCCCACUCCUUCCGGGGGCUCGGCUGGGAGGUCCGGAUGCACUGUGAGCUGUUCUUCAACUCCUUUCAGGGUUUCUUUGUGUCCAUCAUCUACUGCUACUGCAAUGGAGAGGUUCAGUCAGAAGUGAAGAAGCUGUGGAGCCGGUGGAACCUCUCUGUCAACUGGAAAAGGACGCCUCCGUGCAGCGGCCACAGGUACGGCUCGGUGCUCACCACCCUGACCCACAGCACCAGCAGCCAGUCGCAGGUGGCAGCCAGCACUCGCCUGGUGCUCAUCUCCAGCAAAGCGACCAAGAUGGCCAGUCGGCAGCCUGACAGCCAUGUGACUUUACCCGGUUAUGUCUGGAAUAACUCGGAGCAGGACUGCCUGCCACACUUGAUCCAUGAGGAGACCAAGGAAGGUAACGGGAGCCAGGGAGAUGAGAUUCCCUUGGAGGAGUCUUCCAGACCGUUGGAAUUUAACCCAGACCCUGAAGGAAGCAAAAGAGAAACCGAGGAUGUUCUCUGAAUGAACAUCUUUAGCUCUAAAGAGCUGGUCCUUCGGGUUGUGUGAGAGAAGCUUAGCUGGUGUUCCUGGGCUUGAGCCCCUGAGCUGAAAAUUCAGGGUUCAAGUGUGACUUCCCAGAAGUUUUCAGACUCCAUAAACUGGUUUUAUGAAAAAAGAGACAUGUCAAUGGAAUAGUUUAUUACCUUAUUUUGGCAUCAAAUGCUCUUCUAAAUUGAUCUGUGAUACUUUGUGAUUGUUCAUUUUUCUGUGCUUUUGGGUGGAAAAACUUUCAAUUGCUUGGUUCUGGUUUUCCCCCAUAGAUAUUACUCUAAGUAUGCUGGAGACCAUUUAGCAUGUGUCAUUUCCCUUUUCAGAGAUUGGUGUUCUCCUUUUCUCUUUCUUUUUUUAAUGUAUGGUACUUCUAUUGUUGCAUAUGUUUUGCCUGUGCAUAGGAGCACUUAUGGGUUGAAAAUACAUGUUGAA